AACAAAUUACAUUUACUUGGAAAUAACGCUCUUGAUGAAUAUGCAAUAUGCUUCUUUAAGAAAUUAUCGAAACAUAGCAAAGUAUGUGAAGACAGAGAAAAAUAUCAGAAUCCUGUUAACGAGCUACAUUUGUAAAUUCCAUAAUUUUAGUCUACAUGGUGGCGAAGAAUGCACAAUGAAGAACGAGAGCUAGCUUUGCACAGAGUAAAUUAUGUAGGUAAAGAUGAUCAGUUGGGUAGUAUUGGCUGCAUAACAAAGGGUGAAGGUCAAUCUGUACACAGUACAAACUAUGAACUAAACGUUCGUCAGUGUAGCCAACUAAUGACAAAAAAGCGAAUUAUUUCAUAAUCGAAGUCUGAUGAGAUAAUUGUCAUCUAGCAGUCUCGUGUUUUAACAUGAUGCAGAGUCGAUGAACCGCAUCGUGUGGAAUUCUGGGACGGAGCGAUGAAAAAACAUCAAGAGUUGCUACGUAAAGGAAGUCGACACUGGACGUGGCGUCUUUAAUAGAGUGAAGCGUGGGUUUCAGCAUGUCAGUGUCGUAGGAGACGGCCCAACAAAAGAGGUGUGAGAGGUCAUAAGAAAACAGGAAAAUUGGCAGGCGCUACAUUUUGAAAAGCAAUUGCAUGCCUUUGUUGCAACGAUUAUUGGAGGAGCCAAGUGUUAAAAGCCACAUUGACUAAACAAGCAGUGCCUCUUAUCUGCCUUUGCUGUUCUCAUCUUGUGAAACGAACUCGACAGGAGUGUGAAUGAAAAUAUGGAUUUCGGCCCCUUAAGCCCUGAAGAUGAGCAAUUUCUUUACGAGACAUUUAUGAAGCUAACCAGUCGAGAGUUCAGCGACAGAUUGGAGAGGACAUGUUCCGAAGAUGAUAGCGAGGAAUCAAUAGAUAUCCCGCUUGUGGACUUUUUCGAUUAUGACGAAGAACCCGAAGGAUACACAAGUCCAAUUGAGUGUACGCUGUCAACAGUACCCAAACAGCCAGUCUUCAAUGAGAUGUACCCUAGCAGCCCAUCUCCUUGUGAAUCUCCCGUAUCCUUGUUCCCUCCGAUCCAUUUAGAUACCCUGUUUACCGAGGAGAGCCCUUUAGUGGCAAGCGAGAUCAUUCCGUCACCAACGUCAAUGCAAAUACCUCAGCAACCCCAAGAGUUACCUCAACUGAAGGAGGAGGUCAACCCGAUCGCACCGAAUGAGCUAACGCCUCCUUCCUCUACGCAAGCUGAAUCAUCAUUGGUUCAGUCUACGCAAGCUGAAUCAUCAUUGGUUCAGUCUACGCAAGCUGAAUCAGCAUUGGUUCAGUUUAUCGACUUGAAAAACCUUUACGAGAAGGCCCAGGUGAGAAGAAAAGGAACUUCGGAGCAACGAUUGGUCGACUGUCGUAUACACAUGAUCUCAAAUUUCCAAGUCGAACCGUGUAACGUACAAGUCUGGGUGCAGAGAUUCGCCGAAAUCAAGGGCUUUCAAAAUUAUGUCCAACUUCCGGUGAUUGUUGAAAAGACUUUACCUACUAUGCAAUGUUUCUCAGUCAACUUGGAUGCGGUCUAUUUGACAUCGUUGGGCAACAGAUUCUACCAGCUCAGCACAACAGACAGACAACGCAAGAACCGUUUUAUCCUGCACGCGUACCUCAUCUUCCCGGACAAUAGCAUCGCGCAAUUCGAUAGCGAACCGUUUCUUAUCCGAAGCAGAAAAAUCUCGCCGAAUCCUCGAAAGCCACGAACUGCAAGCUCACAUCCACUCUGAAAGGAUGAAACUCGCAAAUAUUCUCUUCGUUAGUAGGAAAUACCAUGAGGAAUAACUCCUUUCGUUCUAUAGCUAACUGCCGUUUUCACCUUAUAUGACACGUUGCUGUAAUAGCUUUAAGUACAGGACAGGUCAUCGCUUCCGUUAAGAGUGCUACCUGUUCAGGGUAUUUCAUUAUUUAUUGGGCAGACAAGAUUCGAAAUAAUUAAAAAUAAAUCGUUGUUAACUUUUCGCGAACGUCUUUAUAAAUACAACCGUAUAGAGUCCAUACUCCGUAAGAGAUUCCACACCUUUAAGGUUUGUGUAAAAAUCUUGCUUUUUUAGCACAUAGAUUUUUAAUUUGUUAUGAAUUGAAUCUUUUAAUUGUAAAAUAAACUUUUAUAAUUGUGGAAUAUAUGUAUGUGCUUAUGAUAGCCAUAGAUAAUUAAUAUCAACGAUUAAAUUCACUUGAGUUGA